AUGUCUUUCCCAGCUCCGGGCAAGAAUCACAAGUCCAACACUCGCUCCUCGGUCGACUUGGACAGCACCGAGACCGGUGCUCUUCUUGGUCAAAACGGACACGACACCGACGGCGACGAUCUCACUGUAUAUCCGCCGCAGUCCGCAUCGACCGGUCCAGCAGGAAUCUCUUCGCGAGCGUGGUCGACAAGAAGGAUGCCACUCGGUUCUCGACGUCUCGCCCUCAUCCUCUUUGGCUUUGUGGCACUCAUCGUUCUGUUUGGCAGGAGGGACUCGAGGGACGCCGUGGUCGACUACGUCAACGACAAGGCUGGUCAGGUGGGGCAGGCGUAUAAGCACGCGCCAUGGAAGGCCAAGCCGGAACAAGGUAGCAGCAACACCAACGCCGUCGGUUUCCCAUUCAGCUCGCCGGCAUCACCGACACCUGCAAAGGCACCCGUAGCAGGCACCAAGGCCGACACCGUCCGCGAGAAGCCAGCGCUGCACCCGGAUCCUACCAAGACGACUCGAUGCGAUGGCACCGGUUUACGACCGCUCGACCACAAAGGCAAUCCAAGACCGCUGGUGCAGUAUGCGCUGAUGAUCGAUGCUGGUAGCACAGGCAGCCGUAUCCACGUCUACCGCUUCAACUACUGCUCGGCAUCACCAGAGCUCGAACACGAGCACUUCGAGAAAAUCACAGGCGGGCUCAGUGACUACGGCACCAAUCCCGCUGCUGCUGCCGACUCGUUGCGGCCGUUGCUCAAGUCGGCUCUGGAACAGGUCCCGCACAGCUUGCGCAAAUGCACACCUGUAGCAGUCAAAGCAACCGCCGGGCUGCGUCUCUUGCCUGGCAAGCAGGCCGAGGACAUCAUCAAGGCUGUAAGACACAUGCUCGAGAACGAGUUCCCCUUCCCCAUUGCCGACGGCAAGAAUGCCGACGGGUCCAAGGCGUCCAAGGGAGUCGAGAUUAUGGAGGGCAAGGACGAGGGUGUGUUCGCCUGGAUCACGGUCAACUACCUCUUGAACCGCAUCGGCUCAUCGUCGUCCGAAAAGCUCGAGACCGCCGCCGUGAUGGAUCUGGGCGGUGGCUCGACACAGAUCGUGUUCGAGCCCAGCUUCCCCUCGGCGCUGCAGGGCAUGCAGCCGGGCGAACAUGUAUACCAGUUCAACGCGUUUGGCACCAAGCCGCACACGCUCUACCAGAACUCGUACCUGGGCUACGGGCUGAUGCAGGCGCGCAUGUCGAUCAACUCGCUUGCUGCAUUCACGUACAGUCUGGCGCACCCGAAUGCGGUGCUGACCGGGUCGGCGCACGACGGCGAGCAGGGAUCGUUCGAGUGGUCCUCGCUGCGUCCAGAGACGACGCGCAUCCCGUCGCCCUGCUUCUCCAACGGUCGUAGUAAGGUGGUGCCCAUCUCGCAGCCGGGGCAGAAGACGCACGCCAACGUCACCAUGGUCGGCACCGACGGCGGGUUCACUGCGUGUCGACGCUUGGUCGAGGUGAUGAUGGACAAGGACGCCGUAUGCUCCGCACGCCCGUGCUCGUUUGGCGGCGUCUACCAGCCUUCGCUCAUGGAGACCUUCAAGACUGCACCCAUUAUCGCGCUCUCGUACUUUACCGACCGCCUCGAACCGCUCGGGUUGGGGCCCAAAUUCAAGAUCAAGGACCUCGAGGCCGUUGCGCAGCGCGCGUGCGCCUAUACCAGGACCGACACUCAGGGUUUCAGUGCAAAGGCGAUAGAACAGCUCGAGGAUCGCCCCGAUACGUGUUUGGAUCUCACCUUCAUGCACGGCUUGCUCAGUUUGGGCUACGAGUUGAGUGGAGAUCGCGAAGUGAGCAUUGCCAAGAAGCUGGGUGGUACGGAGUUGGGAUGGUGUUUGGGCGCGCAAUUGGCCGUGCUUGACGAAGAUGGGCUCUUGUGCAAGGCGUAG